AUGGAUUCAAUCCCAAUCUUUGAAGGCCUCAAUUUCCAGGUUCCCAGUUCGCGGUCCUCGCUUUCAUGCCCUUCUGAGCCUCCUGAUGUUGGGAAUUGGUUCUCUAGCUAUGAGUAUCACUCUCCCGAUCCGGACUCGAAUUUUAGUGUUGAAGAUUUUGCUUCCACCGAAAGCGAAUCUCAGGGAGAUGGUAAAGAAGAAGUAGAAGAAAAUGUUAGGAUCCGAGAAAAGGUUGCUGGGGAUAAGGUAGUUCAAGAAGAAGAGGAUAGUCAUAACGAAGACCAGUGCACGAACAAGAAUCUUGAACCAUUCAGCUCAUGCUCACUCCUUUCUGAGCCUCCAGACAUCAGAAACUGGUUCUCGAGCUAUGUUUACGAGUCACCUGAGUCUGAUACAUUUAGUCUCUUAAGAGAUGAAGUCUCUGAAGAGAAUCAGCGUGGGAAGAAGUUUGAUUUUGAAGUCGUGAAAGCCGAUGGAAGCAGGUCUGCGAAUAUUCACCCAAAAGGGUGUGUUGAGCACAAUACCUCCUCUAAUAAAAACACAAAGGGUGAUGAUAGUGCUGAAAUGAAGACAAAUCCAACUACUGUGGAUACUUCUGAUCCGAAAAAGAUUUCGCAGCUAUGCAUGCAUGAUAAAACACUGCAACAUAAUCUUGGUCCAGCCAAGUACGAGGAGACAUUGGACCUGAAUCACAAACGUUGUAGUUACGAUCGAGAGGGACAUCUAAUGUCGCUGGAUACCGAUAGUAGUGCAAUGAAACCUCCAAAGCUGCUGCAUAAGAAUGAUACCCGAAUAUCAAAAACAAAAGCUGAUAUCCAACAUGACAACAAGGUUGACUUGAGGGCAAAUGCAACUAAAACCUUCUCAUCAAGUGCAACUUGUACAAACAAAAAAGAAAAUGAUGGCUUUGUGACAACAAGGAAGAAGAUUUGCACGGUAGCCAAUGAUGAAAAUUCAUGGAAGAAACCCGAAAAGAUAUUAUUAGAGCGGUCAACAAGUACAGGAACGAUUCAAUUGCAAUGUGGUGUUAUGAAGAGAAAGGCUUUAACAGAAGCAACAAAUGUUCAACAAUAUAAUGGCAUGGGGAUCACAGGGAAAUGGCAAUGCCCUCAGAAAAAUAAACCUGAUGCUGGGCCUGCCAUGAAACAACUAAGGCUUGAGCGCUGGGUUCAUAGAUUUUAA